AUGUCCGACCUCCCCACGAGCUACAGCACCCUCAUCCUCCCCCAGGUCCGCCUGUCCCACCACCCGGCUUCCUCGCCCACUCCGACUCCCGUGAUCAUACUGGCCCUCGACCGCCCCACGUCCCGCAACGCCCUCACCCAGUCGAUGGCCUCCUCCGUCGUUUACGCCUACGCCCUGCUCUCGGCGGACCCGCGGGUAAAGUGCAUCGUCCUCACGAGCUCGGACCCGAAGAACCGCACCUUCUGCGCCGGCAUGGACCUCCGCCAGCCGGUCCGCCUCCAAGGCACCACCCGCGAUGAGCACCGCGACACGGGCGGCGUCGUGGCGCUGGCCAUGCACAACUGCACCAAGCCCAUCGUCGCCGCAAUCAACGGGUCCGCCGUCGGCGUGGGCAUCACCAUGACCCUGCCCGCCUCCGUUCGCGUCGUCUCCAGGGCGGCCAAGGUUGGCUUCGUCUUCGGCCGGAGGGGCUUCAACAUGGAGGCUUGCUCGUCAUUCUACCUGCCUCGCCUCAUCGGCGCCGGGCCCGCGCUACACCUCGUCACGACGGGGGCCGUGUACCCGGCCGAAAGCCCCCUGUUACGGAACCUGUUCAGCGAGAUCGUUGAGCCGGAGCAGGUCCUGCCGCGAGCGCUCGCCAUUGCGGAGGACAUUGCGACGAACGUAAGCACGGUCGCCGCCAGGGUCAUGCGGGAUAUGAUUCUGCGAUCGCCCCAAUCGCCCGAGGAAGCGCACUUGCUCGAGAGCAAGAUCUUUUUCGACCUAUUCAACGGGGAAGACAGCAAGGAAGGCAUGGAGAGUUUUAUGCAGAAGCGUGCGCCUCACUUCGAGGGGACAAUGGAGAAAGAUUCACCCAGUGCGUAUCCGUGGUGGGAGGAAAUAGACGUGAAAGCCAAGAUAUAG